UUUGCGCAUUCACUCACCCGCCUUCCUCCUUGCCAGCUCGCGUUUGCCCGCGUUUGCGGCGAUCCGUUGCCCGUGCGCCCCAGCGGAUGCUGAAUCUGUUGAAUGGUGAGGCGGCCGUGGGACUAGGGCACCAGCGACGGCACCGGGACACUUCCACCGACUCCGUCCACUUCGCCGAGCCAGAGACAUGGCACUCGACUCGGAGAAGCGGGAGAGAAUCGUCUACAAGCUGGUCUUGACCGGCGGGCCCUGUAGUGGGAAGACGACGGGCCAAGCAAGACUGUCAACAUUUUUCGAGAAUUAUGGCUGGAAGGUGUAUCGUGUGCCUGAGGCCGCCACUGUGUUGCUCAGUGGCGGCGUGCGAUUUCCUGAUCUGACACCUGCUGAAGUCGAAAGGUUCCAGGAGAAUCUCCUCAAGACCAUGAUGUCGAUGGAGGACACAUACUUUGAGUUGGCCAGGACCAGUGACAAGAACUGCCUCAUUAUCUGCGACCGUGGGACCAUGGAUGCCUCUGCAUUUGUUAGCAAGGAGAUUUGGGAAAAGAUUGUCAAAGCUCACAACUGGCAUACGGUGGACCUCAGAGAUAACCGCUACAACCAGAUUGUUCACCUGGUUUCAGCUGCCAAUGGAGCAGAGGAGUUUUACAACACCGAAGACAACAGCUGUCGUACAGAAGGCAUCGAGCUGGCACGGGAGCGAGACAAGCUGGCAGCUCAGGCGUGGAUUGGUCACCCCUAUAUGGAUGUCAUCGACAAUUCCACAGACUUCAAUACCAAAGUGCGUCGGCUGAUAGAGUGUGUUUGUCGCCGGAUCGGUAUUGAUAUUGGUGAUCGGCUAGCGACCAACAGUCAUAAAGCCAAGUUCCUUGUUGGCUCGAUGCCACCAGACAGCGCAUUUCCCUCCUAUCAAGACUUCGAUGUUGUCCAUGACUACCUCAUCACUUCCAAUCCUAAGGCGCAGUCCAGACUUCGUAAGAGGGGUCAACACAAUUGCUGGAGCUAUAUGCACACAAUACGAAGGUGCGACAUCAACAGCCAGACCAUCGAGCUCAAGCGUCAGAUCACUCACAGAGACUAUAUUAACAUGCUGGCCCAGCGGGAUGACAGCCACUACACAGUGUACAAGGUGCGUCGUUGCUUCCUCUGGAACCACAUGUACUUCCAGCUGGACAUCUACAAGAAGCCCUGCCACUCUAGGUGCAAUGGUCUGAUCCUGCUCGAGACGUACACGACACACAGACCCGAGGACCUUCCGCAGCUGCUGCCUCCGUUCCUUGACAUCCGCAAGGACGUGACGAGCGACCCCAACUUCUCCAUGUUCUGCCUCUCAUACAAGGGGGACAAGCCGCCGACACCCAUCUUCAACUGCAUCACCAAUGGUCACCGGGCUCCUGUCACCGCUGCGCUUGUACCCGACGACACCUCCAACCACCUCGACUCAAGCAAGCUGAGCAAGAGCAGCGUCAAAUCUACGUAGAGGCGUGCAAUAUCUCAUUUUGUGCGUCGUCGUACUCCACAUCCGCACUUGACAGAUGACAGACAAACACGAGCCCCUGCUAGUGAGGCCGUUCGCUGUACAAAGGCACUUGAGAGCUGCCGCACGUUUCGUAAGAUUUCGAUUAGCAAUUAUUCUAAAGGUGGCGUUUAACAAAAAGUGUUAAUAGCAUUGUAAUGUGGCGCUAUAGCUGUUCAGACAGCCGUGUGUUAGAAUUCAUGAAAACUUAUUGCGCAGCAUGUGAGAAUCUGCGUGCGCUUCAGCUAAGUAAUAUUUUAGUAGGUGAAACUCGUAACUUUUAUUGUUUAUUUGUAGUGUGGCCCCUGCCCACGCUGCUCUCACGUGUGCCCUGUUACCGGCAUUCUGGGCACUCGUGGAAUUCCGUGCAUUGCAUGGACUGCUAGCGUUGGUCUCCAUGUUGUUUUGCCAUUCAGUGAUGGUCACCCGCAGUUAUACGAGAUAUUUUGUCGCUUAACGAUUUUAAUCGCAAGAUUUGAAUUUCGUGCAGUACUCUGCGAGCUUAUUUGCUUGCAUCCCUUAGUUCACUCUGACUCCUACCGCAAUUGGUAGUGUUUGUUGCAUAUACUUUGAACUCACUGCAAUCAUGCGUGAUAUAAUAUAACUGGAUUGGCCUCAUAGUAGGCACAUCUGCAAAGCUGUCCUGGGAGAGCAAGCGAGCUUACUUUAUUUUCUGGUGCAUUUUAAUGCCACCUGUUGGUUUCGACACUCUUUUAAAGUUAUUUCUACUUUCGUUAUUGUUAUUCCAGAUGGGACAGAAGGUAGCAUGUUUAAUUAACCAAUUAUUUAGGCCUAGCCAGGCCUGGGUUCGUGGGUGGAUGAAUUCUUCCAUGUGCACUUGCAGUGAAAUUGUUACAUUUUAAAUGUGACCUUAAUGUACACAGUCGUUUACGUAUGCCUCAUUUAACCAUGAAUCUUUAUUCCCGGAAAAUGGCACUUUGUUGCACUUUUUUUUUCUGUCUCUCUAACCACUUAGUAAAUCAGUGUUAUUAGUCCAGGGUUGUUAGUUUGCCUGCUUGGAGGCUUCUUGUGGCAGUUUACCAGGCAUGUUACCGCCGUUUCAUGUUAUUGCCAGUGUUUCGAUGCCUUGUGCAACCCCAUAUAGAGGUGAGCUGCGUGUAUAGCUAAUCCUGCAUAAAAGGCACACUGUAGUGUUGAUUCUGUGUUAUGUGGCCCGGGCAUUUGUCUUCUGCAUGCCUGUGUACAGGCUCCGUAGUUAAGCUGAUCAUGUAUGUGGUGAUUUCUUGUUUACCCUGCACGUUGUGCAACCACGACUGUGCUGGGGAAACAUUGCAGGCCAAUAUGCCUGCGUUUGUCACGUUUUUGUGGCAUUUUGUGAAACAUGAGCCUUUUAUUUGUCGCUUUUCUCACUGCGUGAAACCUUGCAUUGUGUACUACUGUUUUCCUGUUUCUGGUUUGGACCACUGACAAGGAGCUGUGAUGAAGCGGUUAGUUAUUGGCACUGCACGCUAGACCCCGUGGUUAGUCUUGAGCUCGAAGUCUGGGAAGGGCUAAGUGUUGUGUUGUGCAAGUCGACGCAUUUUCUCCUAUGUAACCAGGUACUUAACUUUACGUUCUGUUAGAAUGGUGACUGGCUCUGAAUGUGGUGCUUGGAGCCCCGUUGGCGAUCUCAAAAGACUUCUAGAGACGGCAUUGGUCACGAGGGUUUACAUAACUGCAAAGUCUUUUCGAGGGGCUGAUUCGGGUUAUGGGAAUGUUGGAUAUGAACGUUGUGCACAGACUGCUCAGUCGAGCAAAGUUCGCAUCUGUGCCCGGCCGGUGAAAAAAGAGAGUUCAGUGCACUCCACCUGCCAAAUCUGUCUCUGGUAUUUUUAGCUCUGGUGUAGAAAGUUGCAGCUGCAAGAUUGGACGAAGAUUGUUCAAUUCCUUCUUUUGGCACUUUGUCUGUGAUUGCAUAUGCACCAAGAUAAUGACACAGCAAUGCAGGUAAUGGAGAUAAUUACAUUUAUAAAAGUGCACUGCCUGCAUUUAGCAACAUUUCCAGUCAAAGCUGCACUGCAACCUUGUAAGUGUUUGCUGCGGUCACGUGACUGGUUCUUCAACAGCAGCAUCUUCAUCGAAGACUUUUCACAAACGCUAAGUGUUGAAGCGUGUAACAAUUGAUAUAGUUGUUGUAUCUCAAACAUCUUUAAGUGUUCGGUCACCAAAAGCCAACAUCUGCGAUUGCAGAACUCGUACAAAAGAGGACAAAUUUUUUCAAUUGCUGUCUGUUGUGACAACCCAGAAGCUCCAGCAAAUGCAUUAAAAUUGACAUUUCAACAUAUAGAAUUAGCUGACGUCUGAUGAGGGAUGUAGCGAAGUUGCAAACUAGCCCUUUUGCUUUUUCAUACCCUGGUUGCACAGUUUUCGAUUACCUCGCACGACGGUUUCUCGAGAAUUGCAACUGAUGCUGUGCCUUACCCGUCGCUGUGAAAUAUUUUUUGUUACAUCAUUCUGGGGCAAGACUGUUACGGAGGAAUGUGUGCACGGUUGAACUGUAUUUAUAUUUGUGUGCCACGAAUUGCAAGAGCACUUAGUUUUUAACAUCAUGAGCACCUAACAUGUUGAAGUGUUAUCACAGUUAAGUUCUUUCCAUCACCUUUCUUCACUAGUGUCUCGUAUUACACUGCAAUCUCCUCUAGUCCAUCUUUUCUCCAUACUAUUGUCCAUGUUUGUUGUUAUCCAGAUCUGGGAGUUCCUCGGCAUUUUCACUUCUCAGAUCUGACAUGUUGUUCUUUUACAGCGAUAUGUUAAUAACAGCAUAGAAUGUUUGAAACUGUAGUCAAUUUCUAUGCAGACUGGCUUUAUCUCAAUGAUGAUUUAGUUUGGUUUGAUGGGGCAAGUUUACAAACAUGACGCAACAUUAUUUAUGUUGCCAUCUUGUUUUCAUUUAUAGGACAGCACUUCUGCAGUGUCAAGUGCAUCGUGCAUGGUUUUCCCAGUGUGUGCAAUAUUAUAUUUACAUGGAGAUAUUAACCCAAGUGCACUGAAGUGCGCUGGGUUGCUUUUCAAAUGCAUUUAGAAUUAAUUUGUCUGGUUGUGCGUAUAGAUCUGAGUUAAACCAUUGCGAACUUUCCACCUGCUAGAGUUGUUCUGGUCCAGUAGUAAAUGUGUGUCAAUUUCUCUUUUUUUUUUUUAUGGACCUAAGUGUACUAAAAUACCCUGGGUUGCGUUGCAAAUGCACUUUGGUAUUAAUUUGCCUGGUUGUGCUUAGUUUUAAGCAGCAGAGAUCUGAGUUUUAGACCAGUGAGACUUGGUACCUCUGUACGAGUUGUAUUGGUCCAAUAUUAAAUAUGUGCUGAUCUCUCCCUGUUUUUUGCUAGAUGGCACUUAAUCAGUCUUGUGACAGUAGAGUGGUCAUUUUUUAUGCGUACCAAGGCUAAAAUGGUGAAUGUGUCACCACAGUCGCAUUUCUUUUUUCCUAUUUUGGUUGCGAUGUCCGCAUUUUACGUUUUCUGAUGCCCCCUCUUUUUUUCGAUGUGUACGAUGGCAUUAAUGAUUAAAGUGGAGUACACCAAC